UUAACUAAAAUAUUCUUUGUAUUUUUGGCAGAAUAACAACUUCUGCCAUUUUGCUUGUGUCACAUGAAUUAGUCUCUGUAUUCUACAAAGUGCUUAUUGUGCAUCUUCAGCUCUUUUUCUCUUUUCACCUGCCUUGGGUGAACUGGCGUUGUGCAAAGGUAGUGAGAUCAAGGUUUCACUCCACUGCACGCUGUGUUCAGAGCUGUUGGACGCUUCUGUGUGAAUGUGCUCUUCGUUGUGGCAUCUGGAGGGAACAGCCUGUCACCAGCCUGAAAAGCAUGCUCAUGUGCUGGAGCCUGGUGAGCUCUGAUCCAGGCGUGAAGGCCCCAUGGCAGAUGGUGGCACAGCCUCAUCCACUGAACCCUUCUCACAGGCAUACCGCACCCAGCUCUAUUGCCUAAUACUGAAGCCACCUCUUGGAUUCAAGUAGGAUUAAGUUCCCAUUGUGUGCUUAUGAGUGUUGAAAGCAGGGCUCAUGUGAUUUACCCCCUGCUUGGGACUGAUAGCAGAGGUUAUCCAGGUAGGCAAGAACAUUGCUGUCGAUGUGGGGAAUACACAAGCUGCGCUCUAUCAGGGUGCAGGCAUGCUGUAAUUCAGGCUAUCUAAGGAAGGGAAAAGCCUCCUGGAAUGCAGUCCGUGAGCAGGAGAACACAUAAUUAAAAUGUGCAUAACUAGCUUGUGUUUUUUCCUGAACUUGUGAAGUGGUUAGACUCAGUCCCACGGAUCACUGAGGAGAAUACAGUCUACAGGGAUAAACUGAGCUAACCAGAGUUUUUAGAGCAUCUAUCAGAUUUGGCUUAAAAAAAUAAAUGCAUUGUGAAAUGUUUUUGCUGCCUGGAGCUCAAGUUGAAAAAUAAAAGUUAUUGCUGGGGUGAAGUUACAAACUUUGCUUGGGUGAGAGCUGGAAACGUUGGGAUUGUUCCUAUGUUUAUAUGAUACUGAACUGAGCCUUUUUGAAUAUCUACUCUAGUUAAUGUCUGGCUAUCUCACUACCCGUUGGAGGGCCCAUUUCUCUUGUUCCAAGUUGCCUGUGACCAAGAAAGUUGGACUGAAUUUGGGGCUGUGGAGGGUGGACUAUUAUAAAAAAUGUAUGAUAUAUGUCAAUUUUAUCUUACAGCUGUGAAGAAAUUAUAUAUGAAGUUUUUUUGUUGUUUUUUUUUAGUUAUGCAUACCAACUUCCUUUAAAAAGUAGGGAUGAAGUCUGAUAUCAGUGUAGUGACAGCAAUAACAAAGGGAUCCCUUAACAUAGAGGGCAGCAGUUUUCUUGCUCCUCCUUUCCUUCAAUGCUUUUCAGCCAGCAUUCCCUCUUGGUGUUCUCUCGGCGCCUGUGCUUUGCCAGCUCUCAGCUUCUGCCCUGCACAACCACACGCAGCUCCAGCCAGCAAUCCCAGCCCUUGCACCGGGUUGGUAGCCUGCCUUGCUUCAGAUAUUGUGUGCACAAAAGCUGUGAAUGAAAAGUGGAUAGUAUGCCCCUUAGGCUCUCCAGAGCCUGUGAUCAAAGGCCUCUUGCCGGCAUCCGCUGAUGGAGAGCAUCACCCGUUAUCUUAGUGUCUGAUCACUUCCUAAUUUUUGCUCUAGCUGUUUUCGCAGUUCUUCUGGAUGACAGGGAACUGAAGUACAGGGAGGACCAAGGAAGGAACCUGAGCCAAAAAAGGGCUAACCCUUGGACCUUCAGCUCCACAGUAGCAUCCUGAAUGCUAAUAGUAGUUCUAGAAGUAAUGUAGAACCUACAUUACUCAGGGAAAGAAAGAUCACAUUCAUUGCAAUCCAUCAUUUUCGGUUUUCUAUUUUGCUGUGUUUUGUGGAUCUGCUCUGGCAGAUUCCAGGUCUGUCUUUAAACUAUAUCUUUGCAUGCACGAUUAUGCCCACAGGUAAUAGGAAACUCGAGUUUCAAAAGAAAAGCUGAUCCUGUUGCUAGAUAACAGCAGUAUCCUAAAUAAAUGUGUGGUUGCCUCGAGGCUUGAGGUUGUUGCCAGAUGCACCUUUUUUUGAUUGGUGAGAACAGCAGAUGACGCUUCAUGGUAUAUAAAUGCAAGAGAAAACACAGGAGUACAGAUCAGCAGAGCAAACCAGCCAUCCGGAAAGAAGAGCUGAGAAGGUGUUAAAGCAGCUGCUUGCAAUGGCAUUUGGAAUGCUAAUCUAUAUUUUGCUGAAAGCAAUGGGGGCACUGAGUGAAGAGUCAACUAUUACCGUUUCAUCCCUCAGUGCAGAAUUAUGGAGUAACUGGACAAAAAACAACACUGAAGUAGACUAUACAGAGCAACCGAGGCUCUUGAAGCUUAUGCAAGCCUGUCUUGAGGAGCACCACAGCUAUUGUAUUAACGGGCUCUGUGCUUUUCACAGUGAACUGAGGAAACCCAUAUGCAAGUGCCUUGCAGGUUAUAAUGGAGAGAGGUGUGAACACUUAACACUAAAUUCCUAUGCACAUAAUUCUUACGAACGCUACAUUGCUGUGGGAAUUGGUAUAGGAAUUCUGACCAGUGGGAUACUUGCUAUCAUCUACUGCUACGUGAGAAAGAGAUGCAGAAAAUUGAAAUCGCCUUACAAAGUCUGCAUGGGUGAGACUGCAUUGUGAAGACUUGGCAUUGGGACACUUAACCAACUUGCCUGUAAACUACAGAAGGUUCUGACUUGGGAGGCCAUCCCGCGCCCAUCUAGCAGGUACCCCAGCUUCACUGAUGAGGUGACAUAAAGGGAAUGGCACAGCAGGUGCAUAAAGGAACUCCUGCAGAACUGAUGGGCUCCACACACUUUUGAAGAAAGACUUUUUAUCUUUAAUAAAGGUUGCUAUACGAGCAGCUCAAAACAGCUGAGGAUACUUCUGGCCUUUUCAACGCUCUGCUGUGGCUCAUGUUUGCUGAGGGAAGGACUUGUUCGUUUUAGCUAUUCAGUCAUUUCAAGCCCUAGUAGAGUGUUCUGGCCUGGUCUUCCCCCCACCACCCCUUCCUUUACUUUUCCUCUGGUGGAAAAGCGCAACCUGUUUCACAAUGGAAUUGCUUCCUGAACGUGACACGCUGUCAAGAAGCCACCUGGGUUCUUCUUUCACAACAUCUGCUGCGUAUGUGCCUGGAUGAACACAUGAAUUGCCUCUUUCAAUACUGUUGAUAUCGCCAAUGGGCUAAGCGGAGCGUAGGCUUUCAUUGCCAUGUGGACAAAAUGGUAAAACACUUUGGACUGGGGAAAACGUAUGGUCCUCAGAGACUUGCUUAAAAGUAAGAAUAAAAUUUAAACAGUUCCUGGGAAAUCAGAUCAUGAGGUCUGAGGGCAUUGCAAGUUCUUUCAAUUUUGACAAGCAAAGAAAUUGGACAUCUUUUUCCAAAUGGAUAUUGAGUGUGCUCACUGACCAAGAACUUGACUCUUCCUUUACAUCACAUAGCGGCUCAUCAGAGUCCCAAAACCUUCAGGCAAAACAUUGCCUUCCUGGACCAUGAUUUCAGACUAAGACUCCAGUUGUGAGGGAAGCUGGAGUUUUGCUAGGAAACUCCAAUAUAGCUCUAUCCAGGAAGCAAACUUACUUUGCUCUGUUCUCAUGGUAUAUGCACAGUAUCACCACUGAAAUAAGAAAGAAAUGACCAUAGGGAUUUUGUUCUACCAUGGCCCAGAUUACU